GGAUAAAUAGGACACUUUGAACUUGGAUUUGUCACAUUAGGAUUUCUAGAAGAUAUUUUAGGAAAAUAGGAUUUUAGAUCUUGUAAAAUACCAAAGUACCCUUAAUUUACCAAUUAUGUUGAAUUUAAAUUAUAAAUUAUAAUAAUUUUCGUAAUAAAUUUUAAUGUUAAAAUUAAAAUCCAUAAAAAUUAAAAAAAAAAAAAACACUAAAUGGGAAAAAAGGAGACGCGGGAUGCCGCAAACCUAAUUCCCCUUUCUCCUUGUCUUCUCCGUCGUAGACUCGUCGCUCUCCCACGGCGAUUUAGGGUUCAACGGUGAGAAGCUCUGUUCUUCGUCGGUGUUUCAUCAGCCCGUGGUCUCUACUCUCGUCUCCGUCACCAUCCUUUUCGAUCUCACUGAAGACACAACGGCUGCGAAUCGUUCUUCCUCUUCGUCGGGUCAAAUCGAUUUUCGAAGUGUUCUUCCAUCAAUUUCGCCUCUCAAUCUCACAAUUCUUCACAGAAGCUAUGUCUGAGGAGCUACCGAAGAGGCUUUUUAAGGAGGGCGAGGAGCCCCGAGUUACUCAGAUCAACAACAACUGCAGGAUCGACUACAUAAUCCGAAAGUUCCAAGCGUGGCUGCCAAAGGAGUUGGAUGUCGUGAAGAAAGACCCGGUUUUUCAUCAGAUUUUUAAGCUCCAUGAGAAUGGUCUUGGAUACUCUGCGAGGGUGAUACACAGCUUCUUGUGUAGGGAGCUGGUGACUUUCUUACAGCACAAGCUAUGGUUUGUCUUUGCGAGGAGACCGCUUCGAUUCUCAUUGCAAGAGUUCCACGCCGUAACCGGGUUUGAAUGCGAUACUCAUAUCUCACUUGAGGAGUUUGAAGAGUGGAAAUAUGAUGGUGGUUUCUGGAGCAAGGUUUUGAGGAGAAAAGAUGGAACAAUUACACUCUUCAACCUGUGGACUAAGGACAAGGAAGCUGUAAAGAAAUGGAGGAAUGCAGAUCGCAUACGUCUUAUCUACUUGGCGAUCAUUCUUUGUGUGGUAUUGGCGAGAGAUGAGAAGGCUAAUAUCCCCCUGAAGUACAUCGCGGUGGUCAUGGAUCUUGACAGAGUUCGAAGGUAUCCUUGGGGAGUUGCUGCUUAUGACCUUCUCUGCAAAUCCAUAGCCAAAAAUCGUUCCCAACUGAAGGAAAAGACCACUAGCUAUGUCUUGGAUGGCUUCUCAUACGCCUUGCAGAUUUGGGCAAUGGAAGCGGUGCCAAAAAUCGGGAAGCUUUGUGGAAAAAAGCUGGAUAAGGGUUUCAAGGACGGUCCUAGAUGCAUAAACUGGAUGGGAGCUGCGAAGGUGUCAUAUGAGGAGAUCAUUCGCUUGGAGGAGAUUAUUACACCCAAGGAUGACAUCUACCCAUACAUCUCAUGGACAGGAAAUUAUGAUGUUGUCAAAGCUCAGGCGUUUCGCAGAGAUGAUGAUGUGGAGGAUGACAGAAUCAAGGUUCUGAUGGAGAUGAUAAAGAAGGGGCAUGAUUUUAGUGAGCAUGUUUGGGAAACUGAAGAAAAUGAAGUGAUUUCUUUAUCUCUCGAUGACGAAUCAGCUGUGAAUGAUGAAGCAAGCGUGAAUGUUGAAGCAGCCGAGAGUGAUGACGACUUUCAGACUCCGAAAGGAUCAAAAAACGUUGGUUCUAGAUCAAAGAGGGGUAAAAAGAGGCUUCCCGAUCGUGGUAUGGAGAAGAGAAAGCAUAAGGUUCUCGCAAGUGGCGCAAAGCAAGCUCCUUUUAAUGAAGACAUGAAGGCUUUUAUGACACAGUUGUUUGAGCACAACUUCUCUGGAAUGGAACAAAGGAUACAGAAACAGAUGGCCGAGACAUUUGAGCAGAUGCGGACAGAGCUUAAACAAUCACGUAAGGAAGCCAGCGUUGAAGUUGAGCUUGGAGAGCCUUCACCGACAAAGCCAUCGACGAGCCAGGCACCGUUGAGGAGGUCCACACGCGGGGAUGGUUCCGAGACUACAUUCGAUGUGAAUUAUAGUGAAGCAGAUGAUUUGGGUCGCGGGAUAGGUACACAAGGGGUUGAAGGGCUUUCUCAGACGUCGUAUGUGCCAGGCUUUGAUCCAUCUCAGGACAAAAAAGAAGAAGACUGGUGGACUCCAAUGACUUCGGUCCGAGGUUCAGUGGAUAAUCCAGUAAAGAAAGAAAAGACAGAGAUGAAUACAGCUCCACCGCCGUCACAGUGGGAGAAAUGGUGCAAAAGAAAAGGUCAUGGACUUCAGCUUAGCGAUUCACCAUUGCCAGAAGAUGCUUCUCCGCAGGCGUCACUUUAUUAUAUCUCCGAAGAGUCAUGGAAAGGAUUCACGGAAUGGGCAUUAAAGCCUAUACCUUUAACAAUUGGUCCUACAUGCUUUAAUUUGUCUGUAGCUACAAGAGUAGUAAGUGCUGGAAAAUGGCUUGGAAACGAGGUAAUGAAUCUUGUACUAACCUUUAGUGAAUUUAUCUUCCUAACACUUCUUAUAUGCUAUAUUACUUAACUUUCAUUGUAAAUUUUUAGGAGAUGGAUGCGGUUAUGUUUAUAUGGCGUGUGAACACUACAUUGAAUCGUUGGGCCCCUCGGCGUGUUGCUUUCAUGAGUGCUAUGUUUUGCCUCCAAGUAGACGCUGCAUACAAGAAGUUUUUACCAAACAAAAAAGCCUAUCAAUUGCCUGAUUUCCUUCUUGGGUACGGCAGAGGAGAGCUUCCAUCUCAUGGGCGGACUGAUCUAGUUUGGGGUGUUGAUGUUGAUCGACUCUACUUUCCUCUGUUUGUAAAUGGUAACCAUUCAGUUCUUUUUACAUCCUAGUAUACAUUUCUUCGUUUACAAAUUUUUGUGGACUCGAACGCAGGUAAUCACUGGGUUGGUGUCUGUGUCAACAUCAUUGAAAGAAAAGUGGAAGUCUUUGAUUGCGGUCGGGGAAAGAACAGACAGUACGUUGAGAAGUUUGCUGCUAUCAUUCCUAGGAUAGUGAAGUCCGUUGCACCACAAGAAAGACAGAAGCAGCUACUCCUCUCAUCAUAUUCUAUCGUGGAUGUGCCUAUGAAGUUGAGAUUGAACAAAAGUUGUUGUGAUUGCGGUGCAUACGCUCUGAAGCACUUGGAAUGCUCGCUGCUUGGUCUUGACGUCAGUUUAGUGGAUGAUGAAAUCAUUAUGGGUUGUAGACAGAAGAUUGGAGUGGACUUAUGGGAGGCUGCACACGACCCCAUCUUUGCUGAGGUUAUGACACGAUAUGUGCCUUCACCAUGGGAGAGGUCUGAGGUCUUUGACCUGGAGGAUGAUUGAUUAACUGUGAUUUUAGUAGUUUGGUUUGUUAGAAUUAGAAAACAACUUUGGCUUUGGUAUUUGAUUUGAAUUAAGAAACAACUCUAGCUUUGAUUUUGUAUAAAUUAUGAAACAACCCUAUAAAGAACAAAAUCAUAAAAACUGAGGACCCAAACCCUAAACAAACCCUUAACUAAAACCAUAACCAUAGACAUACCCUAACCAAACCCUUAACUAAAACCAUAACCAUAGACAUACCCUAACCAAACCCUAAAACCAUAAUACAAUCAUGAUUCUUAAUCAUACCCUAAACAAACCCUAAA